AUGUAUAGUUAUCAAUAUGGACUAUGUCCCGAACCAUUGAUAUUUGUCACCGAUCAGAUGUCCAAGUCAACAUAUUACUACAUGGUUGUCACUAAAUGUGCCCUGCCAUGUCCACACAGUUUCUGGCCAGAUAAGAAGAUGAAUGAUCUCUAUAUCAUGCAGACGGUAUUCAAUUCAUUCAGCCUUGUCUCGGCCAUACUCCUGAUCAUACUCUUUGGACUCCUUCCCAAGGAGAUCACAGCCAAGAUGGAGAUCAUAUUCUCCUUUGCCAUCUGCUCAAUCUUCCUCUCACUCUCAUACUUUAUGGCCAACUCCCAAGAUAAAUACUGUGGCGAGAACCAAGGUUGGAUGGUGGAGAAGGAUGCAUUGUGUGGAGUGAAUGGUGCAUUCUUCCAGUUUGGAACAUUGGGUAUCAUAUUCUGGUGGACAUAUAUGUGUUAUGAUUUCUACAUGUCAAUCAGGAAUGUAAAGAAACCAUGGCCAUUCGUGUAUCAUCGUGUCCUAAUAUGGUUCGCGGCCAUCUUCUUUUGCGUACUCCCCUUGGCUGCCAACCAGAUUAUAGCAUCACCCAAAUCGACUGGAUGUUGGAUGCAUAAGAGUUCAACAUGGCAACUUGCUUGUUUCCAUAUUCCAUCAUGGAUAUGCUUAAUAUUCAUUAUAUACUCAACUAUAUACUCUAUUUAUAAGGUCUAUACUAUAUACAAGAUCACAGAGUCAACAAAGGUGUUGUACUACAAUGUGAAACAGGUACUCAUUAUGUGUAUAGUGCUAUUCAACUUUGUAUUUGUAGUCCUGUACACAUUCGUAUCAAUUGGAAAGAACAACAUAUAUAACAAGACACUGCAUGGUUGGGUACACUGUCUGGCGAUCGAUGGUGAGGACAGUUGCGAGCUGGACAUGCCGGACUUUAUCAUUCGAUUCCUCGUCGCCAUUGCAAUCACCGACAAUGGAUUAUUGGGCUUCCUUGCCUAUGGCCUCGAGGCUAACAACCUCAAGGUGAUCAGGCGAUCGACUGUCUACAUCUUCUUGGCGACGGCCAUUCGAAACUCACCUCUGACUAUAUCAAGCAGUAGCAGUAGUACAACAGACUCGAACAAACAGAUGCUCAACAACAACAAUAGUGAUGGCAUAGUUGACAACAAGUUUGGUGUACACACACCAAGCAACAGCGCGGGCAGUCUCGAGAUUGCUCUUGAGGAUCAAUCUACACAAGGCAACAGCGAAACAACAGAGUCCAACACCAACAGCCAUGCUCAACCACACAGUUAA